AUGGCUAGCGAGCGAUCCCAGUUCGCGACAGAGAACAAGACAGCAAGCGAGCGUACCUUUGUUCGCUUCUUCUCCACCAAGCACGGAAGUUUAAGGAUAACUGUAGGUCGGUGGCUACCUAAGGAAACUCCGAUUCGAUCCGCCCCCUGGCUGGGAGGCAUCUACCUCAUCCCGAUCACAAGGAGAGGUUCACUAUGA